GGAAAAGUUUUUUUCUUUUGGUUUUUUAAACUCCUCUUUGUCGCAAAAACAGCGUGAGUGGCAACAACCUGAAAAUUCAUUGCGAAUUGGCGUUUCGAAGGAAACGAAAUAAAGUUAACAAAUUAAAAUGGUGAACGUACCCAAGACGAGACGUACCUUUUGCAAAGGUAAAUGCAAGAAACACACUUUGCACAAAGUAACACAAUAUAAGAAAGGAAAAGACUCCGUUUGGGCUCAAGGUAAGAGGAGAUACGACCGAAAACAGCAAGGUUAUGGAGGUCAGACGAAGCCUAUUUUCAGAAAAAAGGCCAAAACCACCAAAAAGAUCGUGUUGAGGAUGGAGUGUUCAGAAUGCAAGUAUAGGAAGCAGCUGCCAAUCAAGAGGUGCAAACAUUUUGAAAUUGGUGGUGAUAAGAAGAGGAAGGGACAAAUGAUCCAGUUUUAAAUUUCCUUCUGUGUCUGUACAGUUUUGUGGAAAUAAACUAUUGUAAAAAUCUC